AUGGAUCCUUUCAAUCUUCAGCGUUUUAAUCCUAUUGUACCAUCACAUCAACCACAACCAACUAUUCAACCUCUUCAACAACCACCUUCUUCCUCAUCACCGUCAUCUAUUCAACCUUCGGGUGAAUCAGUAGAGAUCAAUGUUGGUGGAAGAAAAUUUGUAACCACCAUCAAGACUUUAAAAUCCAUCCCAAUAUUUAAAGAAUUGAAUAAUAUUCCAACGUUAAAGAGUAGAAAACCAAAUACAACAACACAAUCAAACCCAUUCCAAACAAUUCAAUCUAUCAAUCAAUCUAAUGAUAAAAGUUUUCCAUUUGGUGAUUAUUUCGGAUAUGAUGAAACAGGAAAUUUAUUUGUUGAUUUGAAUGGUGAAUUAUUUGAAGCAAUUUUGGAUUGGGUUAGAUAUAGUAAGGUUCCUGAACUUAGUAUUAAUAAUUUGACUGUAAAACAAUUACUCAGAUUAAAAUCCGAGGCUCGUUUUUAUAGAUUGGAUGAUUUGAUUACUGCUUGUCAUCUUCGAUUGGAAGAAUUAGGAUCUGCUAUUGAAAAACAAAAACAACCAAUUAUUCCAAUUGUUAAAGAACAACAAUCACCAGUAAUUAAUCCAAUUAUUCCUUCUCUUCAACAACCAACAAUUACUCCUUCAUCUACUAGUAAUAUUAAUGGAAUUCAAUUACUUGCUCUCCAUGUGAAGAAUACCAAUCAACCACUUUUUACUGCAAAUCCAGGAAUUGAAGAAAUGCAAGUUAUUCCAUCAUCAAUUGUUGAAAUUGAUGUACCAAGAGAAGGAAAUUUAUUAAUUGAAUAUUAUAUUGCAGACUCUUGUGGUGAUUAUGUAAUUGUCUUGGAUGGAGUCAACCAAAAACCACACCCAGCUCUUUCAGGUAUUGAAUUUGUAGAAAUGUCAGAAGUCAAAAUUUCAAGAUUGGAGUUUGCCUUCACACAACCAAUUUCUUACGUUACUGCCAAGCUCCCUCAAGGUAAACAUUCUGUUGGUCUUCGUUGGCGUCCUUACAAAAAGAUUGCCUACACAAUCCAAGGUCCCCUCAUUUGUAAAGUUUUCCUUGUUGAUUCCAAUCUCGUAAGAAUGAAUUAA